AUGCCGGGCACCAGCCUCCCGGGCAAGCAGCUCUUCCUGGACAGAGACUUUCCACUCACUCCCUGCUACCUUUGCCUAACCAGAAGCAACGCGAGCCUUCAGCUCAGCACCUCCGCCGCUCUGCCUGACCCCCAUGCUGCCAGCCCCUGGGGCCGUGUGCUCACCCCAAGUCAAGAUGACCUGCGCUCGCCCGGCUCCCUGCCCAAGCUCCAGAGGCCAGUGCAGGUGCCCGGGUCAGGCUCGGACCUAGAGGAGGCUCCAGCUCCCGACGGCUAUGCAGAACUGGACAUCGGGGCUGUGUGCUCAGAAUCUUUCACACUCAUUGCCGUGCACCCCAAGAGAGUGCCCUGGACCCCAGGGAGCAGCUGGGGCAGAUGCGUGCUGGAGGGCCUGCCUCUGUGCCCGGCCACCGAGGCCAUGGCUCACAGAGGGCUGCUGACGGCAGAUGGGCAGCGCAGACAGAGCUGGAGACAGAGCUGCGUCGCCCGGUGCCGCAACCAGGAGCGGGAUCCCCGCCCGCCAGGUAUCGCAAAGAAAAACAAAUGCAGCUUGCGGCUUGCUUUUUCCACGGCCACGGUGCUGAGCUGCCAGCUGGGAGGCUGGCUUUCCUCCUGUGUGGAGGCCCAGGCCAGCCGGGACCUCGCCAGGAGGGGCCGGGCUCCUCAUCACGUGGCACAUUGGCACAUCGGCAGGUACGGCCAGGUGUCCCCAGACCCGCCCCCUGGACUGCCAGGGCGUCCCUCACACAGGGCCACGCACGCACCUGACCCUGCACAGCCACACCCAGGCCCUGCCGUGGUGGUGGUGAGUGUGCUCACCCGUGGGAAGGGAGGCGACCAUGAUAGCCACAGAGAGCUGAAGUCAGGGUCCUGGCCCGAGAGGCGGGGCACACUGGCCUGUGAGGUGAAUGAGCGCCAUGGACCCCAAAGAAUUGGCAGAGGACCCCGAGGUUCAGACUGCAUGAGCCUUCAGCGGGGGGGUACACGGCACAACUCGGAGGAAACCCAAGGGGAGACCCUCUUCUGCCCCAGAGCUGCGCUGCUAGGGCCACACUGGUCGCUGGCCGUCGGGCCUCAGUACUCUUCCCUGGGCACCCAGCCCAUCCUCUGCGCCAGCAUCCCAGGCCUGGUGCCCAAGCAGCUGCGCUUCUGCAGGAACUAUGUGGAGAUCAUGCCCAGCGUGGCCGAGGGGGUCAAGGCUGGCAUUCAAGAGUGCCAGCACCAGUUCCGGGGCCGCCGCUGGAACUGCACCACCGUCAGCAACAGCCUGGCCAUCUUCGGCCCUGUGCUGGACAAAGCCACCCGGGAGUCAGCCUUCGUCCACGCCAUCGCCUCAGCCGGCGUGGCCUUUGCGGUGACGCGGUCCUGUGCCGAGGGCUCUGCGGCCAUCUGUGGCUGCAGUAGCCGCCACCAGGGCUCCCCCGGCGAAGGCUGGAAGUGGGGGGGCUGCGGCGAGGACAUCGAGUUUGGUGGAAUGGUGUCCCGGGAGUUUGCAGACGCCCGGGAGAACCGGCCAGACGCCCGCUCGGCCAUGAACCGCCACAACAACGAGGCCGGACGCCAGGCCCGAGCACGUGGCACGAAGGCCAGGCCCGAGCACGUGGCACGAAGGCCAGGCCCGAGCACGUGGCACGAAGGCCAGGCCCGAGCACGUGACACGAAGGCCAGGCCGACCGAGGCAGCGCCCGACCCAGCCCUGCAGCCGACACCCUAG